AUGUUGCCAAUAACACCCAUCCUUGGGGCUGUUAUGGCCUUCUUGGUGCUUUCGCGCGUCUUGAGAAUCGGACGGAGGCCAAAGAACUAUCCUCCGGGACCCCCGACACUGCCUAUCUUGGGUAAUAUCCAUCAGAUGCCCGCUGAGAAUGCUCACCUUCAAUUCGAGAAAUGGGCUCGGGAAUACGGCCCAAUCUACAGUCUGAUGCUCGGCACAAAGUGCUUGAUUGUUCUGUCUAGCGAUGAAGCGGUUAAGGAACUUCUCGACAAGAGAAGUGGUAUCUACUCCCACCGGCCUGAGAUGUACAUCGGCCAGGAGCUGUGCAGUGGUGGUCUUAGACUGUUGAUGAUGGGCUACGGACCAACAUGGCGCGGAUUCCGCAAGAUGGUCCACGGUUUGCUGAAUGUCACUACAUCCAAAAAAUACCUGCCCUACCAGAUGUUGGAGAACCGACAGAUGCUGUACCAGUUCCUCACUGAGCCCGAGGGCUUCUUGAAGCACAUUCGUCGCUACUCCAAUGCCCUCACAACCACAAUGGUCUUCGGAUGGCGCACACCUACCUACGAAGAUCCGAAGAUGAUGCAACUCUUCGACGGCUUCUCUGAAUUCGCAGACCUGAACCAGACCGGAAUGGCUGCCCUAAUUGACUUCUUCCCCGUCCUCCGCUUCCUUCCCGAUUUCCUCCUCCCCGCUCAACGGAAGGCCAAGGAUCUCCACAAGGCCGAAAAGGCACUCUACAUGAACCACUGGCUGCGCGCCAAGGAAGAAUGCGAGGCAAAGACCAUCAAGCCCUGCUUCUCCGCCGGCAUGUACAAGGCCCAAAAGGCCGAAGGUUUCUCCGACGACCAAGCCUCCUACAUUACCGGAACUCUCCUGGAGGCCGGCUCAGAUACCACCUCCAGCACUCUCUAUGCCUUCGUGCAAGCCAUGCUCCUCUACCCCGAGAUUCAGCGCAAAGCCCAAGAAGAGAUCGAGCGCGUCGUCGGCUCAGCCCGUCUCCCCGACAUGGACGAUCUCGCCGACCUCCAGUACGUCCGCGCCUGCAUGAAAGAAACCGCCCGCUGGAUGCCGACCACCAUCCUCGGCGCCGUGCCUCACGCCGUGACCCAAGACGACGAGUACAAGGGCUACCUCAUCCCCAAGGGCGCCGGUGUCAUGAACAACGUCUGGGGUAUCCACAUGGACCCCGCUCGCCACCCCAGCCCCCGCACAUUCAACCCUGACCGGUACAAGGAUGACACUCAGAGCUUCGGCGACGCAGCGGCCAACCCGGAUGCCUCGAAGCGUGAUGUGUUCACGUUCGGCGCUGGCCGACGCAUUUGUCCCGGUAUCCACGUUGCCGAGCGCAGUCUGUUCCUGGGCAUGUCGCGCAUUCUGUGGGCUUUCAAUAUUGAGCCUACCAAGGAUGCCGCGGGUAAGCCUAUCUUGCCUGAUGCCGAUCGCUUGACUCAGGGCUUUGUGUGUAUGCCUGAGGAGUUCGAGGCUAAGAUCACGCCGCGGUCCAAGGAGCGCGCGGAGAUGGUUACCAGGGAGUGGAGGCAAGCGGAGCAGGAGUGCUUGGAUCCUGAGACCAGACAGUGGGUGCAGUUCCCUGCGGGCAUGUAA